CUCUAUCUAUCUAUGAUCAUUUCUUCUUUGUGUCUUAGAUUCUGAUUCUUGAUUGGUUUCUCCAUUUUUGGCAAGUUGUUUCUUGAAUUGCAAUAAUGGCUAGAAGCUGGGUUAUUGACAUUGGAGGACUUGCAAAGAAAGUGAAGAAUAAUACAUUGCCAUUAGCUGAUCAAAUCAAUGACUGUGGAGCAUAUUGUGAAUGUCCAAUAUGUCAUUAUCACAUUGAUAACAUUGAUGUUUCUCCUGAGUGGCCAGGCUUUCCGGCCGGCGUGAAGUUUGAUCCUUCCGACAUAGAACUGUUAGAACAUUUGGCAGCAAAAUGUUGUGUUGGGAACAAAGUGCCUCAUGCCUUUAUCCAAGAUUUCAUCCCAACACUAGAAGGAGACCAAGGAAUAUGCUACACACAUCCAGAAAAUCUUCCAGGUGCUAAGAAAGAUGGGGCCAGUGUUCAUUUCUUUCACAAAACAACUAAUGCAUAUGCUACCGGACAACGAAAGCGUCGAAAGAUUAAUCAUCAACUAGGCCUAAGUGAGGAGCAUGUUCGCUGGCAUAAGACCGGUAAGACCAAAGCUGUAACAGAAAAUGGAGUACACAAGGGCUUCAAGAAGAUCAUGGUUCUUUACGUAAGGCCUAAGAGAGGAGCAAAGCCGAAUAAAUCGAAAUGGGUGAUGCAUCAGUACCAUCUAGGGAGUGAAGAAGGUGAGAAGGAAGGUGAAUAUGUGGUUUCAAAGAUUUUCUAUCAGCAGCAGAAGAAAACUAAGAAGAAUAAGCUGAAUCCAUUGGUGGCUGAAGAUUCUGUCAUGGCAUUACAAGCAAGUCCAAGAACACCGAAUCCAAAUCCACCAAAACGGCCUCGGACAGGAAAAUCUGUUGAUUUUGAAGAAACUGACCUUAUGCUAUUCACUCAGGGUGGAAAGCCUACUAUUCAUGGAGAAUCACUUGAACCACCACCAUCUGAAGUUCAUGGUGAUGAAAAUAAUGGAGGCUUUAACAACACUGCAUUGUUAUCUGUUGAAACACAACCUGUCAACUCUGACUUUAUUGGAUUGGAUGAUAUCUUACUAUGCAAGGAACAGACAUUAGAUUCUUCUUCUGCUCACCUAAAUGAUUCGGGUUUGAAGUCCAACAAUCUGAAAGGCUUUGCUUGCAAUGCAAAUGGAAAUGCAGGUGAAUUGUUUGGGGAUGUGAAUGAUUGUUAUGGAAUUUCAGUGCUGGAUAACCUGGGACUGGACAGUCCUCCCGAUUUUGAUCUUUCUAAUUUGCAAUUUUGUUCUCAAGACAAUAUCAUUGACCUUCAAUGGCUGGACAAACCAUAAUGUAUUUGCUGAACCAAGUUGUAUUUGACACCAAUGCUAAUCCCAGAAGAGAUAUCAUUCAUAUAGUUGAAUCAUUUAGCUUA